CAGCCAGUCAGCGCCAGCUCACAAGGGCCACAAAGAAUCGCCAUGUCCCGCUACAACAGACUUGGGUCCGCAGGCGAAGAAAGCGAGCAUUACGACGCCGGAAUGGAUCCUCGAAGAACAGGGCGCUCGCCGUCGCCGGGGCAUCCUCUUCAGAGCUACCAACUCGAUGACAGACCAUACAUUCCCUCAACCUCUCCAGGCGCGCCUUUGGAAAUCCCCAUGGGCCCGGGGCCAGGACCGGGCACUUCAGGAGACAGACUACAAGCGCAACCGACAUACUCAGUUGAAAAUAUACACACCUCUUAUGGCCAUAACGAAGUCUACGAAACCGACCAUCGCUAUUCCCCUGGCCCGUACAACCCUCAUCCCCAAGGCGGAGAAUACGCGAUAUCUCCCCAAGAUCACCACGAUGCAUACUUCAACCAGGGCUAUGAUCCUCACCCUGGGGUCCAGGACCAACAUUACUGGCAGGAUGACGCAGACGACCGGCCGAUGUUACAACCUGACAAUCCAUAUGGCCCAGAUCCACACUCACCAACAAGUCCAGGUGGCUUGGAACCCCCGGGCGAAGAGUAUCACGACGAGCCUGCCCCAGCACCAAGUCCUACACCAUUGAAGAGAUGGAAAACCGUGAAGGAAGUGCAACUGUUCAAAGGCAAUCUCGUGCUAGAUUGCCCGAUUCCCCCCAGACUGCUCAAUCAAGUCAACCACGCCGCACCGCCAGAGCGCGACGAGUUUACGCACAUGCGAUAUUCUGCCGCAACAUGCGAUCCGGCGAAUUUCUUCGAAGAGCGCUUCACUCUGAGGCAGAAGCUGUUCGCUAAGCCAAGACACACGGAACUAUUCAUUGUCAUCACCAUGUACAACGAAGAAGACGAACUAUUCGCGCGAACAAUGUCUGGAGUCAUCAAGAACAUUGAAUAUAUGAAUUCCAGGACAAACAGCAAAACAUGGGGCAAGGAUGCAUGGAAAAAGAUUGUUGUGUGCGUGGUCAGCGAUGGUCGAGCUAAGAUCAACCCCCGGACUAGGGCUGUACUCGCUGGUUUGGGAGUGUACCAGGACGGCAUCGCGAAGCAGCAGGUCAAUGGCAACGAUGUCACUGCGCAUAUUUACGAAUACACUACUCAAAUGACUGUGGAAAUCAAGAAGGGGAUUGUCAACGUCAAGAAAGGCGUAACACCGGUCCAAGUUCUCUUCUGCUUGAAGGAGAAGAACCAGAAAAAGAUCAACUCACAUCGAUGGUUUUUCCAGGCUUUCGGAGCCAUUCUGGACCCUAACAUCUGCGUUCUUAUCGAUGCCGGUACCAAGCCUGGAAAGGACUCUGUGUAUCAGCUCUGGAAGUGCUUCGAUCUUGAGCCAAUGUGCGGUGGUGCUUGCGGAGAAAUCAAGGCCAUGUUGGUGCAUGGCAAGAAGCUUCUCAACCCACUUGUUGCAACGCAGAACUUCGAGUACAAGAUGAGCAAUAUUCUGGACAAGCCGCUCGAAUCGGCCUUUGGAUUCAUCUCAGUGCUUCCAGGCGCCUUUUCGGCUUACCGAUUUGUGGCUUUACAGAAUGACAAAACCGGAAAUGGACCGCUAGAGAAAUAUUUUGCCGGCGAGAAGAUGCAUGGCGCCAAUGCUGGUAUCUUCACCGCCAACAUGUAUCUUGCGGAAGAUCGUAUUCUCUGUUUCGAACUAGUCUCCAAGAGGAACUGUCACUGGAUCUUGCAAUACGUCAAGUCAGCCACUGGCGAGACCGACGUGCCUGUUGAAAUGGCCGAUUUCAUCCUGCAGCGUCGAAGAUGGCUCAACGGCAGUUUCUUCGCUGCCGUGUACGCCCUUGCUCAUUCUCAUGAGAUCUUCAGAAGUGACCACACCUUUAUCCGCAAGUUCAUGUUCUUGAUUGAGUUCGUAUAUCAGACGAUUAGUAUGCUGUUCGCAUGGUUUGCAAUUGGUAACUUCUUUCUGGUCUUCCACAUCUUGACCAACUCAUUGGCAGACUUGCUGGGCACUGCCGGCAAAGUCCUGUUCGUUGUCUUUGAGUGGACAUAUUUAGCAACCCUAGUCACUUGCUUCGUUCUGUCACUUGGCAAUCGACCUCAAGGUUCCAACAAAUUUUACAUGAGCAUGGUGUACUUUUGGUGCAUUAUCAUGGCUUAUCUCAUGUUUGCUUCAAUCUUCAUCACUGUCAAAUCUGUUCAAGCCGAGAUCCACUCCAAAGACGGCCUCACCUUCCACGAUAUCUUCACCGACAAGACCUUUUUCACGUUAAUUGUUUCGAUGCUGUCAACCUACGUCCUCUAUCUACUCGUGUCAAUCAUUUUCCUGGAUCCAUGGCAUAUGUUCACGUCGUUCAUCCAGUAUCUCCUCAUGACGCCCACCUACAUCAACAUUCUCAACGUGUAUGCUUUCUGCAACACGCACGACAUCACGUGGGGCACAAAAGGAGAUGACAAGGCCGAGAAACUGCCCUCGGUGACAACGAAGCCGGAUGGAAAAGCAAACAUCACAGCACCCACAGAUGAUGCAGAUCUCAAUACCCAAUACGAGGCGGAACUUCGCGUCUUCGAUAGCAAAUAUGUAGAGCCGAAGAAGGAGGCGAGUGCUUCGGACAAGCAGGAAGAUUACUACAAAGGAUUCCGAUCCUCUGUCGUUCUGUUAUGGAUGUUCUGCAAUCUCGCGCUUUGUGCCGUGGUCCUCCAAACGGGUGGAUUGAGUGUUGCUUCCAAGAAUGGCCAGGUAGACACGGAUGAGCAGCGGAAGGCUCAGAUCUACCUGACGGUUAUCUUGUGGAGUGUGGCGGGUCUCAGUGCUUUCAGAUUCAUCGGCGCCAUGUGGUUUUUGGUUGUACGAAUGUUCCGCGGUGUGUAAGCCAACAGCGGGUAUUUUGGAAAAUGGAUUUGCUAGUAGUUUCUGUGUACUCUUUGGGUAUUGUUCGGUCCACAGGCAUACUCGAGGGAAGCUGUAGAGAGCGAUUUACCGCCCAACCGUGCGUUGGUCUUUCAUUGCUUGCAUAUGUGCCGCAUUAUGCGGGGCUUUGUCUUACUAAAUAUGAGGGAGCGAGCGAGCGGUGUUUCGGGGAGCAGUUCAGCACUAGCAUGAUACCAGCCAGCAUUAGACUAACUACAACAUAAGGUCUAAAAAUCACUUUUAAAUUUGGC